AUGGGGAGCGACUGGUGCGUGCGUCUAUCUGAGGGACUGAGUCGAUUUUCUGGAAAUGGAGAGCAGGAAUGGGGCGUGCGCCAGACUCUUACGGGGUUUACUGGGAAUAGGUUGGUUCCUGCCAUAUUACCGGUGCCAAAGCUGUACAGAGAACCAGAUAUUGCCUCACUGACAAGCCAGGAACCUAUGAUAUUUUCGCUGACGGCGAGUUCGUGUCAAGUGUCUAGCCUGACAGGCGGGAAGGGAUCCCAACUGGCCAAACUUUUGGCCCUGCGGAGACAGCAACCUGUCGAGGACCACUGCUCUGAUUGCUAAAACGGACAUAUCAGAUCGUCUGAAGGCUGAAAUUGAUGGAAUGGUCGCUGAGAUAUUUGACGAUGCGGAGGGCUCGAAGAUGUACGCCGUGCGCUCUUUAGCUGUCUGUGAGGAUACCUCACUUACCUCAGCUGCCGGCCAGAGGGACACAUUCCCUGGAAUUAACGGCAUGGAAAAGGUAUGUUUUUAAUUGAAAAGGAUAAGGCUCUGACCUAAAAUAUUGCUUUUCUUGGUAAAUGCAGCAUUAACUUCACAACAAUUUCGACCAGAGGCGCACUGGGGAUUUGUC